AUAGACAUCAGUAUGUUACGAUAUUUGCUUCUAUUGGCAGCUGUGCUUUGUUCAGUUGCAGUAUCUGAUCGAGGAAUCACAUUGGAGGAAAAAGUUCGCAAUCUGCAAGAUUCUAUAAUGAAACGACCUGUUAUGAGUUUAAAUUUGGAAAUGUGGAAAACUUAUAUUCAAUCCUCGCCACGUAAUUAUUCAAUGAUUGUUAUGCUUACUGUUUUUUCUCCCAAUAUGAAUUGCCCUAUUUGCAAACCUGCUUAUGAAGAAUUCCUUAUUACAGCAAAUUCAUAUCGCUACACCUUUUUGAACAACAAAGCAUUAUAUUUUGGAGUUGUUGAUUAUGAAAAUGCACCACAAAUUUUUAAUUUGUUAAAUUUAAACACGGCACCAGCAGUCUUUCAUUUCCCUGCAAAAGGUGCAAGGCGGCCACAGGAUUCUAUGGACUUUCAACGUAUGGGUAUUGAUGCGGAAGCAAUGGCCAAAUUUGUUCAAGAUCGAACUGAUAUUCACAUUCGAAUUCUCCGUCCUCCAAGCUAUGCCGCUCCCGUUGUUAUUCUUCUUUUGGUUAUGCUUGUUCUUGGUCUUCUCUAUAUGCGUCGGAAUAAUUUGGAAUUUCUUUUUAAUAGAACUUUUUGGGCUUGUGUUUGUCUUGCAAUCGUCUUUGCUUUCAUGUCCGGACAAAUGUGGAAUCAUAUAAGAGGCCCCCCUUUUAUGAUGACACAUCCUCAUGGACGCGAAACUUCUUUCAUCCACGGAAGCACUCAAUACCAACUUAUUGCUGAAACCUACAUUGUUUUUGGACUUUAUUUGGCUAUUACUGCAGGGGUUAUAGUUUUGAAUGAUGCUGCUAGUAGUAAAACUGAUCCAGGAAGGAGGAAAUUUAUGUCAUGUAUUGGCCUUGGAAUGGUUGUUGUGUUCUUCAGUUUGUUGUUGUCAGUUUUUCGCAGCAAAUAUCAUGGAUAUCCUUAUCAAUUUUUGUUUAGUUAAAUAUUUAUUGGG